UGCAAUCGUGACUCUAGCAGUUCCUCCGUUCACCACUUAGGCACUCUCACCUCUCACUAGCAACAGAUAGAGUAGAGAACUGGUAGUGUCACCUCCCCACCCAAAAUGAAUGUGAAUUAUAACCAAUUAAAGCCAUGGAUUGAAUCUUGAAGUCUCUUCUCUCUUUUUUGUUUGCUUGUUUGCUAAUGCAAACCAAGAAACCUGCAAUCCUUUGUUUGUUUGUUCGAUUCUCUUUCUCGACAGUGUUAGCUCGUAACCCCGGAAAACCCUUUUUUUCUUUCUCACUUUCCACGCUAAGCCAUCCAGAAACCGCCAAGUCCCACACACUCAAGACAUGUAUUGCUCUCCUGCGUUCACGCGCCUCCUCCAAACCCAAACUGAAGCAAAUCCAUGCCUUCUCUAUCAGACAUGGUGUCCCUCUUACCAGCACGGACUUGGGUAAGCACCUCAUCUUCACUCUCGUGUCCCUUUCAGGCCCCAUGACCUAUGCCCACCAUAUCUUCUCCCAAAUCCAGAACCCUAACAUCUUCACUUGGAACACAAUGAUCAGAGGUUAUGCUGAGAGUGAUAAUCCCAGGCCAGCCAUUGAACUCUAUCACCAAAUGCACUUCCUUUGUAUUGAACCUGACACCCAUACCUACCCUUUUCUUCUCAAGGCUUGUGCAAAGGUAUUGGAUGUUAGACUAGGUGAAGGGAUACAUUGCAUUGUUAUAAGGAAUGGGUUUGAGUCCUUGGUCUUUGUUCAGAAUGCACUAGUUCAUCUGUAUGCUGCAUGUGGGCUUGAUGAGCGUGCACACAAGUUGUUUGAACUAACGCCCAAAAGAGACCUGGUGACCUGGAAUUGCGUGAUAAAUGGGUUUGCCGUUAAUGGGAGACCUAACGAGGUUCUCACCCUUUUCAGGGAAAUGUGUUUUGAGGGUGUUAAGCCAGAUGGGUUCACCAUGGUUAGCUUGCUUACUGCUUGUGCAGAGCUUGGAGCUUUGGCUUUGGGCCGGAGAGCCCAUGUAUACAUGUUUAAGGUUGGCUUGAAUGAGAACUUGCAUUCUGGGAAUGCCCUUAUAGAUCUAUAUGCCAAGUGUGGAAGUAUUAGAGAAGCACAUAUGAUCUUUCACGAAAUGGAGCUGAAGAGCGUAGUCUCUUGGACUUCCUUGAUUGUUGGUUUGGCUGUUAAUGGGUUUGGUAAGGAAGCACUCGAACUUUUUGAGGAGUUGGAGAGAGAAGGACUAAAACCUACUGAGAUUACUUUUGUUGGGGUCUUAUAUGCUUGUAGUCACUGUGGAAUGGUGGAUGAGGGGUUUGGGUACUUUAAGAAGAUGGAGGAGGAAUAUGGCAUUGUGCCUAAGAUAGAGCACUAUGGUUGUAUGGUUGAUUUGCUUGGUAGGGCAGGGUUGGUACAAGAGGCACAUGAUUUUAUUCAAAGCAUGCCAUUGAAGUCCAAUGCUGUUAUCUGGAGAACCUUACUUGGUGCUUGCACAAUACAUGGGAAUUUGACUCUUGGAGAGGUGGCACGAGCCCACCUUCUUAGACUAGAACCUAGACACUGUGGGGACUAUGUACUCCUCUCAAAUCUAUAUGCAUCUGAGAGGAGGUGGUCAGAUGCACAAAAGGUGAGGAAGACAAUGUUAAGGAGAGGGGUGAGGAAAUUCCCUGGGCAUAGCCUUGUUGAGCUAGGGAAUUGUGUCCAUGAAUUUGUCAUGGGGGAUAGAUCACAUCCACAAAAUAAGGAGAUAUAUGAGAAACUAGAGGAGAUAAUGAUUCUAUUAAAAUUGGAAGGAUACGUGCCUCACACAUCAGCAGUGCUUGCAGACAUAGAAGAAGAGGAAAAGGAGAAUGCUUUGAGUUAUCAUAGUGAGAAGAUUGCAAUUGCCUUUGCACUCAUCAAUACCAUCCCUCAUACUCCAAUAACAGUGAUUAAAAACCUGAGAGUGUGCGGAGACUGUCAUCUGGUGAUUAAGCUAAUCUCAAAGGUCUAUGAUCGAGAGAUUGUUGUCAGGGAUAGUAGUCGGUUUCACCAUUUUAGAGGUGGAUCUUGUUCUUGUGGGGAUUAUUGGUGAACUGCCCCUCUGGUGAUUAUUAAUUAUUAUAGGCCAACUCUUUGUAUUAAUUGUACUAUAGUAGGUUUAACUGAAGUCAAUAUCAGUGAUCCUACAAAAAAGGAUGAGAUGCUAACAUCUAGAACCAGUUAACCAGAUCACCAUUCAACAACAUGCAUUAUGGAAAUCUACCAAGGCAAAACUUCAUAGGAUUUACUUUGGUCUUAGCUGAAAUGAACUUUUACCAACUUGGCUUGGGUUUGUGGACUUGGCUAUGCACAGGCUCAAUGUGCUCAUGAAGCGACUAUUGAAUUUGGAAGUUCAAUUACAUGCAUGAUGUAUUCUGCAAGGUUUCAGGGGAGAUGAUAAUCUAUAGUGCCAGGCUUUUUGCUUCAGAAUAAAAUGGAAGCUCCAGUUGAAUGCAUCCACAUGGAUCUCUGCGAAAUGCAUGACAAGGUUACCUCAAACCCAGUCCGCACACCAGAAAAAUGAAGAAGAUGAAAAAAGAAGUGCAUGUUUGUCAGAUAUGUGUUCAUGUUUGUUUCCGGAUAUCUUACUGAUCCUUAUCAUUUUUUACUGGCGAGUAACUAUAUUGCUUAUUCAUUGAAUUCUCUAACAAGAGAUGAUGCUAUAAAAGAUGAGAGACAAAUCUUCUCUUUUGUAAACGAGUUUUGGUUGUGAAACUAAGGUGGCGUUUGAUAAAUCUGAAGUCUGAUUUCCGACAA